CUUGGAAUUAUGGUAAGAAAUGGGGCAAAAUGAUAAAGACUCCCUUCCAAUAAUUAGGAAAGAAAGAAUUAAACUCUUACCAAAAGCUAGACUGAGAGACAGUGUGCCCAGCAGCCCCCCAGGUCUCUCUUGCUUCACCAGCAUUUGGAUGCACCCCUGCCUUGCCUCUCCCUCCCCCUCCCCCCUCGUGCCUCUCACCACCCUCUAGCCCCGCCCCUUUAGUCACAACUUCCAGCAGAAUCCUCGAGGCUUAUCCUCCACUUCCGGGACCAGCCUAACGGGCCCUUUGUGGAGAAGUGCUCUUCACUGCUGCCUAACCAUGAGCGCCCAGAUCCCGCAGAGUUCCUCCGCUGAGGUGGAGGCUGCCGUCAGCCACCUGAUCAACCUGCACUUGCAGGCCUCGUCCACCUACCUCUCCCUGAGCUGUUACUUCGAAGGCGACAAGGUGGCUCUGACGGGCGUGGGCUGCUUCUUCCGGGAGCUGGCUGAGGAGAAGCGCGAGGGCUCCCAGCUCCUCUGGAAGAUGCAGAAGCAGUGGGGCGGCUGCGCCCCGGUCCAGGACGGGCAGAAGCUGUCGCCGGAGGAGUGGAGCACCAGCGUGGAUGCCCUGGAGGCUGCCAUGGCCCUGGAGAAGAGCCUGAACCAGGUCCUCUUGGAUCUGCAUGCCCUGGGUUCUGCGAGCGUGGACGCCCAGCUCUGCGAGUUCCUGGAGAGCCGCUUCCUGCAGGUGGAGAUGAAGAUCCUCAAGAAGAUGGGCGACCAGCUGACCAACCUGCACAAGCUGGCCGGGCCCGAGGCCGGGCCCCUGGCCGGGCAGGGCGAGUAUCUCUUCGAAAGGCUCUCCUGCCCGCGCGACUAGGAGCCUCGCGGCGGCCUCGGCGGGACCCCUCUGCCUCCCCCGGCGAGAUCUCCGCCCCAGCCUCUUCUUCCACCAGGAGGCAACUCUUUAACCACCCUGGAACCUUCACCCGAGCCGAGGCACCAAAUAGAA